UUAUUUCCCCACUGCCUUGAUGCAUCAGGGCAUUUCAGGUUUACCUCCACUCUCAAUUGACUGAGUUGUAUCAGCAUCAUGAUGGCAGAGGUAAUCCAUCUAGGCCCACCUGGGGAUGAUGAUGGAGACUUGUACUCUGGCUUUGAAAAUCCCAUCACCUUUAAUCCUGAAGAUCUUGCCAUGGAUGAAGGUUUUCAGCAAGCUGUCAAGACAAGCUAUGGAAGAAGGCCACCUACAGCUGCAAGAAUGGGGACUGCAGCUCGGAUGGGUACAUCAGCUGGAUUUCGAGGAACCACUGCAAUGCCAAGUUCCCUGGGUAGAAUUGGUACAGCUAUAGGAGAUGGAACUGCACCUCGUCCAAUGACAGCAAUGAGAGGGGCUGGAUACACAUCACAUGGAAGUAGAGGUCCAUUUGACCCUAUGAAUCAAGGAACUAGAAACAGCCCUGCACAACUGGAAGCAAAGCUUGAAGAAGGACCCGAAGAGAAGGUACGAAAGCUAGAGCAGCAAAUAGGACAUCUUGUGGAGGAAUCUUGCAUGGCUGCUGUAGCAGGUGACCGAAAAAAGGCACUUGAAAAGGCCAAGGAAGCUUCUACCAAGGAAAGAUCUGUCAUACGACAGAGGGAACAAGCAGGACUGGCUGAUUCUCAUAACCUGGAUCUUACUUUCUCUGUGCUGUUAAAUUUGGCUUGCCAGUAUGAAUUCAAUGAGAUGUAUUCUGAAGCCCUGAACACCUAUGAUGUUCUGACCAAGAACAAGAUGUUCCAGAAUGCUGGACGUCUGAAAGCCAACAUGGCCAACAUCUAUCUCAAGAUGGGACAGUACAACAAAGCCUUGAAAUUCUAUCGCAUGGCCCUCGACCAGGUUCCCAAUACCAACAAGACAAUACGGAUCAACAUCAUGCGAAAUAUUGGAUUGCUAUUUGUGCGGAUGGGACAAUACAAUGAUGCUUGUAGCAGCUUUGAGUUCAUAAUGUCUGAAAAACCAGACUUCAAAACUGGUUUGGAUCUGGUGGUGUGCUAUUUUGCAUUAAGUGAUAAGGAGAAGAUGAAGGCAGGACUACAGAGACUUCUAAGUAUUCCUUUUGAAGAGGAGGAUGAGGACAAGUACACUGCAACCUCUGAUGAUCCACAGUCGAACCUGAUUUUGGAGGCAAUCAAGAACGACAGCUUGAGAAAAAUAGAGCGUCAGAGACGACAGGAAAUUGAAAGAUGCAUCCUCACUGCUGCCAAACUCAUCUCACCUGUCAUUGAGGACACCUAUUCUGAAGGAUAUAAUUGGUGUGUUGAAACAAUCAAGAGUUCAAGCCACAGUGAGCUUGCAAAUGAUCUGGAGAUCAACAAAGCUGUCAUGUCCUUGAAACAACGAGAAUUCCAGGAAGCGGUCGACACUCUCAAAGUCUUUGAGAAGAAGGAGAGUCGAGUUGCAAGCUCAGCUGCAACAAAUCUGUCAUUUCUAUACCAACUGCAAAACAACCUUGAGGAAGCAGAGAAGUAUGCAACUUCAGCUCACAAGGCAGAUGGUUACAAUCCCUAUGCACUUGUGAAUUUGGGGAAUGUGUUCUAUCUUCGAGGUGACAUUGAGAAGGCCAGAGAACGAUACUUGGAAGCUCUGGACUGUGAUGCUUCUUGUGUAGAAGCUCUCUAUAACCUUGGGUUGGCCAAUAAGAGACUGGGUCGACUGGAGGAGGCAUUGGAUGCAUUUUAUAAACUUCAGGGAACUAUGAGGAAUGAUGCUCAAGUGCUGUACCAGAUUGCUACUGUUUAUGAGGCCAUGGGAUCCUUGGAUCAAGCCCUAGAAUGGUAUCUCCAGGUGCUGAGCAUUGAGCCUUCAGAUCCUCAACUCCUCCAGAAGCUGGGGAUUCUUAGUGAAAUACAAUCUGACCGACAGCAGGCUUUUCAGUACCAUUUUGAUUCGUACCGGUACUUCCCCUCGAAUCUCAUUGUCCUGGACUGGUUGGGGACAUACUACUUGGAACACCAGGUUGCUGAGCAAGCAGUGAAGUUCUUUGAAAGGGCAACCCUGAUGCAGCCUGGGGAAGUAAAGUGGCAUCUGAUGGUGGCAGCAUGCCAUCGACGUAGUGGGAAUCUCCAAGCAGCUCUCAGCACAUACAAGAACAUUCACAUCCGGUUCCCUGAGAACAUUGAAUGUUUGAAGUACUUGGUGAGGUUGUGCAGUGACUUGGGUCUCAAAGAAGCACAGGAAUAUACUAUUGAAUUGAAGAAGGCAGAGAAAGCAAAAGAAGUACGGGAACAACGAGCACACAGCAGUCGGCCAGGAUCAAGAUUCGGCAGUGGUAGGGUCACUCGAAUGGGAUCGGCUGUGAGUGCCGAAUUUGAGACCAGAGCAUCAUCAGGUGUUGCCAGAGCAAGAUCAGCUGCAUCUGCCCGAACCACUCGAUCGUCUUCAGCCAUUAGUUCUGGGAGACAGACGAAAAUCUCCCUAGAAGAACUGGAGGCUUCUGAUCAGUACCCAUCAUCACAGAAACAGAUAGAUGCAUCAUACAUUGAUCCCCUGGGGCCUGCAGCAGAGCGGCCCAAGACAGGUAGCCGGAAGUUGGAUCCAGAUGAUGAAUUUGCAGAUGAAGAACUUGGAGAUGAUCUCCUUCCUGAAUGAAACUGUGGUCUUGAACUUUCUUCUUCCCCUCUCUAUCGUGCAUUCCUGUCUAGUCAUCUGUGUGAUAAUUGAUAGGUGGGACUACAUUGAUUUUUUUUUUGUCAGCAAAGAUUACUUAAAUAUUUAUCAC